UCAGUGUUCACUCGCCCCACGAAAGAGUAUAAAAGCCCAAGAGGCGAAACUCUGUUGUGUUAUGGGUACCAGUCUGUAGAUGGCGCUGCAGAGCCACGGCCGCCAUUAUGGACUGUAAGCGGCUGAAACCGUUAGCGCUAGGGAUGCACGAUAUUUAUCGGACAGAUAAAUUAUCGGCCGAUAUGGGCGGGAAUGACGUCAUUUUUAUCGAUCCGAUAAACAACUACAAUCCGAUAACUACAUCCGAUACAGUACGAUUGCUGGUAAAUCAAUAAAUCUGUCUGCUUUAUCCUCUUUCCGGAAAUGACUACACCUCAAACUGUCGCGCUCAUUAUGCACUCAACUGUCGCGCUUACCACGUCAUCAUCUGUAAACAAACAUGUCUUCGCCGGUCUGGAAGUUUUUCUCGGUGGCAGUGGAGGACAAUGCUUUUGCUAUUUGCAAAAAAUGUUCAGCAAGGUUUCCGAGAGGAGGAAAAAAUUCGUCAAGUUUCAACACAUCCAAUCUUAUAUUGCACUUGAGAGGUCAUCAUCGCGGCGAAGAUGUACUGAAAGAAUACGAAGCCGCGGCAGCUGCAGCUAAAGUUAAUAGCGCGAAGGCUAAAACACCGAGCGUCACUGUACCCAUUCAGCGAGCAUUUGAAAAUGCUAAAAAGUUUUCCAGAGACAGCGAAAAGGCAAAAGCUAUAAACGACAAAGUGAUCGAGUUUAUAGUCCUCGACGACCAACCUUUCUCCGUAGUAGAGGAUCUGGGUUUUCGCGGAUUAGUACAGCAUUUGGAGCCACGUUACACCCUUCCAAGCCGCCGCUUCUUCUCUGAUGUUUCCCUCCCUGCUUUGUAUGAGUCAGUCGCCACACACAUUCAUAAUUUGAUCGACAAAAAUGGACUACACAUAAGUUUCACCACGGACAUCUGGACAUCUGAUGUUAGUCCGGUGAGUAUGCUUAGUUUAACGGCUCAGUGGUUGGAUGAACAUUUUAACAUGCAGAAAGUUCUGCUGCACGCACAGGAGUGCUCCGGAUCGCAUACCGGGGCAAUGAUAUGCCAAGCUUUUGAAGCAAUGUUAGAACGGUGGAGUAUAACAAAAGACAGAGUGCAUGUUGUCCUUCGGGAUAAUGCACGCAAUAUCAUCAAGGCCAUGCAGGACUGUGAGCUUGCAAGCUUGGGCUGUAUGGCACACACCUUACAGCUCGCGGUAAACGAGGCUGUGCUGAGCCAGAGAAGCAUAACAGACUGUAUUUCGAUCUGCAGAAAGAUGUUAGGCCACUUCAAACAUUCACAAGUUGCCACCUCCCGUCUGCAAGACUUGCAAAAACAACUGGGCAUGAAAGAGACGAGGCUUCAACAAGACGUGCCCACCAGAUGGAACAGCACGUUCUAUAUGCUGAGAAGUUUGUUGGAUCAGAGGCGAGCCCUUGCAGCAUAUGCGGUAGAUUUUCAAUUACCUGCUUUUUUGAGCAUACAACAAUGGACAUUAAUUGAAAACAUGAUGACCAUUCUUGACCCAUGUGAACAGCUGACAAGAGACAUCAGCUCAUCUACAGCCACAGUAGCUGAUGUGAUCCCCUCCAUUGUAGCAUUAAAACGUCUGUUAAACAAGACUGUUGCAACAGAUCAUGGAGUUAAAACUUCAAAGACCACUCUACUGCAAGCCAUAGAACAGCGAUUCAGUCAUAUCUAUGGAGAGCCCCUGUUUUAUCUUGCUACAAUCUUGGACCCCAGGUAUAAGGACUGCUAUUUUGACCAACCAAUGAAAAGAGAAGUAACAAAAAAAUUGCAGACCAUGAUGAGCUGUGCAUCAGAGAAUGCGGAUGAACCAAAAGUUAAAAAGACCAAGACAGAUGGUGGCAAUGUUUCCUUGCUAGCAAUGUAUGAAGAAAUCCUUCAAGAAAACUAUGAUGUCACGAAAGAGAUGACCCAAAGCCAAGAGAGUGGCAGAUAAACGUGUACCUCUCGGAGCCCCCAAUUCCUAGAUCAGAGAGCCCCUUGGAAUACUGGAAACGCAACAAAUCCCAGUUCCCAGACCUUGCUUCACUUGCAAGGAAAUACCUGUCAGCCCCUUGCACCAGCAUUGACAGUGAACGCUUAUUUUCUGCUGCUGCAAAUGUUAUGGAUGAAAAAAGAAACCGAAUUGGAUGUGAGAAGGCAGAGAUGCUUUUGUUUAUCAAAAAAAAAUCUGCCACUAAUGCCUAAUGUAACAAAUAGAAAAGAUGAUGGACAUUAAACAGAGAAGUGAAAAAUGUGCACUUUAUAGAAGGUUGAGACAGGUUGAGUAGUGCAAAUUGGAAAUCAAAUUAUUAUUGUUUAUAUUUUUUAUGUUAAACUAUAUAAUUUCUAUGCCCGAUGCACUUCAUUUUUGUUAAGCAUGCACUUCUGUUUUUUACAAGGUUGACAAAUGUCAAUGCAUUUUAUUUAUUUAAUUAGUUUUAUUUUUUAUAUUUGAAAAACAUGUCACCCUCAUGCGGUAGAAUAGAUGCAUUUCUUGUUUGUUAUGCAUGAAAUACUUAUGUUAAUGACUAAUAAGUUGUUAAUUGCAGACCAGAGUUCCAUGACAGAUUUUGUGAAACCCUUUCUGUCACACAAUAUUGUGGUUUAUUACACACAAAAACAUUUGAUUUAAGAUGUAUUUAAGGUUGACAAAUGUUAAUGAAUUUUAUUUAUUUAUUUUAGUUUAAAAAGGAUACCUACCUCACCCACAUGCACUAAAGGUAGAAUAGAUGCAUUUCUUGUUUGUUAUGCGUGAAAUACUUAUGUUAAUGACUAAUAAGUUGUUAAUUGCAGACCAGAGUUCCAUGACAGAUUUUGUGAAACCCUUUCUGUCACACAAUAUUGUGGUUUAUUACACACAAAAACAUUUGAUUUAAGAUGUAUUUAAGGUUGACAAAUGUUAAUGAAUUUUAUUUAUUUAUUUUAGUUUAAAAAGGAUACCUACCUCACCCACAUGCACUAAAGGUAGAAUAGAUGCAUUUCUUGUUUGUUAUGCGUGAAAUACUUAUGUUAAUGACUAAUAAGUUGUUAAUUGCAGACCAGAGUUCCAUGACAGGUUCUGUUAAACCCUUUCUGUCACACAGUAUUGUGGUGCCUUACACACUAAAACAUUUGAUAAGUCAGGCCUGAUGUUUGCUGUUAAGGCCAGGGCUGCAAAAAUAUCAGUUUUAUCAAUGCACUUUUGUUUUUAAGAUGUAUUUAAGGUUGACAAAUGUUAAUGAAUUUUAUUUUUUGUUUAAAGACAUAUAUAUACCUACCUCAUCCUCAUGCACUAAAGGUGGGAUAGAUUAAUUUCUUGUUUGUUAUACAAAAACUUCAACUUAAAGUAAUUUAAUUGCAGAUAAACCAUAGUACUGUUAAACCCUUUCUGUUACUAAGUAUUGUGGUGUAUUACACAAAAAAUAAAAAGUGGAAGAGUCAAGGAGUACUAAUGUUUGCUGUUAUAGUUGUGCCAGAACACUAAAAUAUCAGUUUCAUCAGUGCUUUCAUCUUGGAUUUUUUUAUUCUCGUAGGAGCACAAUUCUGAAAGUUAUUUCGAAAAUUAUAAUGUAAAAAAUUGCACUUAAUGGUUAUCGGUAUCGGCUAUUAAGAUGACUUAAUUAUCGGUUAUCGGUAUCGGUCAAAUUUGCUCUUAUCGUGCAUCCCUAGUUAGCGCGCCUCACAACUGUUCCACACUCUUCCAUUCUAUGUCAGUGCCUCUUCUCUCACAAAAAGAAAAAAAUACAACAAAACUUCUCAUACACAAAUGCUCACACAAUAGAUGGUGGUGUCUGAUUAAUUACUGAGAUCUUAUGGCUCCAUUUUAGUACUGUUUAUAGUUCAUGUGUGCACUUGCUAGAUUGCACAUCUUUUUUGUACCUUUCCGCCUGUAAUAGGACAUUCACAGAUUGUUUUUGUUCUUGCCAUUGAAACGUUCACUGUGUGCACUUUCACUGAAGAUGUUGAAAAAACUUGUUAAUAUUUUUGUGAUAUUCUAUGUAAAAGAUUAACUCUUAAGAAAUGUUCAUUUAUAAUUUAUUUAUUUAUUUUUCCAAAUCAU